AUGGUGAAAACCUUGAAGAAUGGAAAAGCUCCCUCCAAUGUACAAAUACUAAAUAAGACUCUCUCCAGUAUCAUACCCCCAUCCACCUCUCAUUUUUCCAGAUGCCUUGCUUCCUUCUGCCGUCUUGUGUUACAUAUUGAGAAGCUAGAGGAACAAAACUGGCAAACUUCACCUUCAGAAGAACAAAUUCAACUCGCCAAAAACCUCCCACUCACAAUUACAAGUCAUCCUAUUCAAUCCAGAAUCAAGCUGUCCCCAGCCAAACCUCAUGUUUUACAUGGUAUCUCACUCGACUGUCAGGAUUUGUUUCUUGCAGAUUUAAAAGCAUCUAACUUUCCUAAACCGACUUUUGCGUGGAAUCAACCUUGGGAAUCCCACUGGAAUCAAAUUUUCUCCAACUUUGUCCUCAAGCACUGGAAUCAUUGCUACAAAUACGGUGCCUUUUCAAACUUCCCAAUGAAUUCAUCCCACAAAACGUCUAGGAAUGCUACUGCUGUCCUGAAAAGGUGGUUUGAAGGUAAAAGAAAUGACAUUCGACAAAACAAAUACUCCGUAGAUUCGGUAAAGAAGAAAGCUAUGCAGGUGAAAAAGUCAAAAUGGCGGAAGCAGAAAUUCAUCCAGCUCUCUCACAACCGCACCGAAGUCCUCACUUUAUUGGGCCUUCCAGACGAACAGAGGGACCUCUUCAGUGAACCAACAUGCUGCUCAGACACAGAGCAAACUCCCGAUGCAAACUUCCAUAGAGUGCAGUGCCCUUGGCGAUCAACUUUAUUCACCGAGCUAGGUUAUCAAAUUGACAAGUUCUCCGAGAAAAAUAAGGCCGAACAACUGGGUAAAAAAUACUACACCCAUAGUACCUCUAUCUGGUCACUCCGCGAAAGAAGUGAUUUUCAAGAAAAAAUUGUCAAUGUGCCCUUGGAACUCCCUCGAAACUGCUACCAUCCAACCUUCCUUGCUUCUCUCAAUGAAACAGACAUCAAUGCUCUAAGAAUGAAGGAGGAAAUUGAUAUUGAGGCUAUAAUCAAACAGGUUUCCACAGAAUAA